AUGCCACCGAGAUCAGCAACCACGAAAGCCCUCAGCUUGUUUCUUCGGGUAGCUCGUCAUCGCAGCUUCCAUCGGCAACCUUCUUCUUCACUGGUUGUAGAAACGAGGACGGCAGCUGGUCUCGGCAGUUCGGUUUCUGUGGAACGGUCUCAGAAACGUGGUUCUCGUUGUCGCAGGCAGAGGGAGGCGCCACGCCUAACAUCGCCACCACAAAGGUCUUCGAGACGUUUAAGAGCAUUGAAUUCGAUAUUUGACCAAUGGGAUGUUCGAAUCCCGAACAACGAAUGGAACAUAAGCGGAGAACCAUGCAGCGGAACAGCGCUCGGACCAGAUUUCGACAAGGAUAACGGAGUUGCGCAAAUCGAAUGCAAUUGUACCUUCGAUAGCAACACCACUUGCCAUAUUACCAAAUUGAAAAUUGAUCAGAAUAACUUCACUGGUACCUUGCCUACAUUCCUUGGAAAUUUUUCUGCAAUGGUGGUCUUGUCACUUUCCCACAAUCAAUUCUCUGGUACAAUACCCAAGGAGAUUGGAAAUCUUAAAGAACUAGAUUUACUGGCAAUUAGUUCCAAUAACUUUUCAGGCAGUCUUCCCCCUGAACUUGGAAACCUAGUCAAAAUGCAGGGCCUUUAUAUGGACAGUUGUGGUUGUGGUGGUGAAAUUCCCUCCACAUUUGCCAACCUCCGAGAAUUACGUCACAUGUGGGCAUCAGAUAGCCCCUUUUCUGGAAAGAUACCUGAUUUUAUAGGAAACUGGACCAAAUUAUUGAGACUGAGACUUCAAGGGAAUAAUUUUGAAGGUCCUAUACCAGCUACUUUUUCAAAUUUGACAUCAUUGACCUCUUUGUGA